AUGUUCCCCAGGCCUGGAUCAAGCAGCUUGGGAAACCGGCGCCCCGUCUCUAUGAUAGAAGCAGACGAUCUGACGUCUCAAGGAGAAUUCAGCAGCGGUUCCAGCAGCAACAGCACCAGCAACACCAACAAAAGCCAUCAUCCACCUCGUUCGACCGUACGACGACACUCGGGAACUAUGCGACCCAGCUCGGCUUCUCGAACAAAACCUCUCUCGACGCCCAGCAAGGCUCGUCCGACUCUACAUAACCUGCACCCUUCAGCUCCUGCGUCUCCUCCCACUCCCGCACCAAGUCCGACGCCGCACCAGCGAGUGCCCAGCUGGCAGAGCGCCGGCGAAGACGAAGAUACCUUCCUGCGAGAUGCGAGGUCACAUUUCAGCGUGCUGGGCCAGGCGGAGAAGCAGAGGUUUCUGGCAGAGAUGCUAAACCUGUGUGAUAGCCAGCUGCUCAGCUUUGUGCAUCAUUUCGUGAGCCCGCGGCUGAAGAAGGAUCCCUUUGAAACCCUGCCGAACGAGCUAUGUCUGAGGGUACUUUCUUUUGUAGACGAUCCCAAGACGCUGUCCAGGGCGUCUCAAGUGUCGACUCGCUGGCACGAGCUGCUCAACGAUGAGCUGACGUGGAAGAUACUCUGUGAGAAACAUGCUUAUAGAAGAGUCUCUGAAGACCUCAUCGAUAGUCCCGUCAGCCCUUCCUCUACCCUCUCCCCUUCCAGACAGCCCUUAUCCUCCAUGGACACAGAUAUGGAAUCCGAAUCGUGUCCUCCCCAACCUCAAAUAUUACCGGAAGACAUGAAGGUUUUUGCUCCGGUAGCAGAGUCCUCGAGCAGAAGCCGGGUUCGCAAGACCCGACCAAAGGCGACCUCCUACCGCUCGCAUUUUAAACAAAAGUACAUGAUCGAGGCGGCAUGGAGAAAAGGCGGCACCGUCGUGACGAAGAAUAUCACGACCGACCAGGGAGUGGUGACCAGUCUGCAUCUGACUCCCAAGUAUAUAGUUGUUGCAUUGGACAACGCAAAGAUACAUAUAUUCAAUACCGAGGGUGAGCAUCAGAGAGUUCUACAGGGACAUAUGAUAGGUGUCUGGGCCAUGGUGCCGUGGGACGACCUGCUUGUUAGCGGAGGAUGUGACCGAGACGUUCGUGUCUGGAAUAUGGCUACAGGUGAGAGUAUUCAUAAGCUGCGAGGGCACACUUCUACCGUCCGCUGCUUGAAGAUGUCGAACAAGACGACCGCCAUCUCCGGCUCGCGAGAUACGACUCUCCGUAUCUGGGAUCUAGCUACGGGAGUAUGCAAGAACAUCCUCGUCGGCCAUCAGGCAAGUGUACGGUGUCUCGAGAUCCACGGCGACUUGGUUGUCUCCGGAAGCUACGAUACCACGGCCAGAAUCUGGAGCAUCUCGGGAGGCAAGUGUCUCAAGACCCUUGCCGGGCAUUUUAGCCAGAUCUAUGCCAUCGCCUUUGACGGCAAACGCAUAGCUACCGGCAGUCUUGACACCAGCGUACGCAUCUGGGACCCCCAUACCGGCCAGUGCCAUGCCAUCCUGCAAGGCCACACCUCUCUCGUCGGCCAGCUACAGCUCCGUGGGGAUACCCUGGUGACGGGUGGCUCCGAUGGCUCCAUCCGCGUCUGGUCCCUCGAGCGUAUGACCCCGAUCCACCGUCUGGCGGCCCACGACAACAGCAUCACCAGUCUGCAGUUCGACGACAACCGGAUCGUCAGUGGCGGUAGUGACGGCCGGGUCAAGACAUGGGAUCUCAAGACUGGCCAGCAGGUCCGCGAGCUCAGCCAGCCUGCCGACACCAUCUGGCGUAUUGCCUUUGAAGCCGAAAAGGCCGUCAUCCUCGCUACCCGAGCCGGCAAGACGACCAUGGAGGUGAGACUUGCCCCCCCUGUUAAUUGA